AUGGACGGCGCCGGCGGGAUCUUCGCCGCCGUCGUGUGCGCGCUGCUGGUCUUUGCCAUCUUCCCCCUCCUCCUCUGGCGCCGCCGCUCCGAUGCCACCGCCGCGGUCGACAACCACCGCCUCCCGCCCCAGCCACUCCAGGCUAAUGAAGCAGCACGGAAUUCAAGGAGAACUAAUCAAGACCGUUAUGAGGAAAUGAGGAGGAAGAAGGAUGAGGAGCGUGAGGCCCAAGAGAGAUUAUUGGAAGAAGAAGCUAUGGCACGGAAAGCCAAGGAAGAGGAAGCUGCUGCUCUGGAAUUUGAGAAAUGGAAAGGGGCCUUUUCAGUUGAUGCUGAAGGGACAACUGAAAGUGAGACGCAAGAUGGUGGCCAGGGUUUGCUCCACAAUUUUGUGGAAUACAUCAAGAAGCAGAAGUGUGUUCCACUAGAAGAUCUUGCUGGAGAGUUUGGAAUGCGAACACAGGUAACUGAAGAGCCAUUUUAUAUCAGACGGUUAGAUGUUGACAUUGGUCAAAUACACACACAGCCUAGGCUAAGCUCUGCCGGUAGUGAUGCCUGGAGGCCAGUUGCCACUGCUGUAGUCCACAAUCUGGCCUCGGUUCAGAUAGUGCCUAAGAGCGAGGCAAUGUCAAGGUCUUCCCUGUUGAAGACAGCAGAGACUCGCUGCUUCCAGAUACACCAUUUUUUAGCAUUGUCAAUGAGCGACUGCAUAAACCGAAUUAUUACGCUUGAAGGCAUGGAUAGAUUAUCUGGCGUGAUGGAUGACCGUGGAAAGUUCAUCUACAUAUCAAUUGAGGAGAUGCAGGCCGUUGCAGACUACAUCAGGAAGCAUGGGAGGGUGAGCAUAUCACACCUGGCCAACAACUCGAAUGAAUUCAUAGAUCUGGAGCCAAAGCCCCUGUAUGAUGAGAAGGAGGAGAGUCAUCAAGAUGAAAGCGCCCCGGCAGGCGUAGUUGCGGAGGCCUGA